AUGGGAGAGGCAGAGGUUGCCCCAAGAAAGAGACUCAUAAUUAAGCUUCGUUUGCCGCAUUCAAGAACAUUGUCAUCUGAAGAGUGCAAACUAAAGGAUGAUGUUGAUACUGAAAAGCGUGGACCAGAAUUUAUGGCUUCUGAUUCAUGCGGCGAGAAGAGGAAGAAAGAUCAGUAUUGCAGCACUACUGAAUACUCGUUGCAAACAGAAGAAGGAGAUGAUGGUGCUGAUUCUCGCAAAGGUGGAAAGAGACGAAAGUUGGCAACUUCUGAAGUUUCUGUUUUCACAAAAUCUUCUGUGCAAGAACACCACAAUGCAUGUUCAAGAAUCCCAAGAACCGGUUCUACGGUGCUUGACUCAAAGAACAAGAAGGAGGAAGAGAAAGAACACCACAAUGCAUGUUCAAAAAUCCCAAGAACCGGUUCUAAGAAUCCCAAGAACCGGUUCUAUGGUGCUUCACUCGAAGAACAAGAAGAGAAAGAGGAAGAACACCACAAUGCAUGUUCAAGAAUCCCAAGAACCGGUUCUAAGGUGCUUGACUCCAAGAACACGAAGAAGGAGGAGGAGAUGAAGGUUGUUCUGAACGAGCAUAGAAUGGAUCGUUAUCAAAAGAUACAGUGUUGGAUGAUCUUGAAGCGCUUCAUGGUUGGAAGAGAUGGCUGGGCUUUCAAUAAGACUCUUUAUUCCAAGAAAUUAGGGAUUCUUGGUAACAACUGUGAGAGUGUGUUGUUGAUGAAGCCAAUUGGGUUUGAGGAAAUAGAGUAA